UUCUUGAGGUUGAAACUGCAAAUUGCAUUUUGGCAAAAGCUGAAGUUAACGGCGUCGUAUCCUGGAAUCUCGGACGACGGGACGCGGUCCGGCUUCCGGCAACGAGACAAAGAUGGCGCUUGUGAAAUAUCCCCAAUUUUAAAAAUGCCCCACGUGGCUGAAUCGAAGGACACGGGGAAGAGGAAACCCGGUGGCGACUGUAAGGCCUGCAUGACUGAGAGAGAGGCUCCCGUUCAAUGAGGGAGUUGUGCUCACAACCUCGCACGCGAUGCGGUUCCUCCUCCGAGCUGCCAAGUUGGAUGAUGACACGCUCAUCCUCAGCAGGGUCGCGGGAGCGCCGGAGCCAAUCACACCGUCGGGGCAGUUGAGAGUGUCCGAUGAAUGUUGCGUGUUGUUGGGAUGCGGGAAGAAAACCGGAGUGCCCACGCAGGCACGGGGAGAACAUGCGAACUCCACACGAAGCGGGGUCGGGAUUCGAACCCGCGUCCUCAGAACUGCGAGGCCAACACGAUCAACAUUCCGCCGCACCCAAUUAAAAAGAUGGAAUCCAGGAAGUAAAUAUUUGGUGGCGCGAUUCCAACGCGAAGCGCGGAGUUUCCCCCCUCUGCUCUUCCGGGUCCAGUCGAACACUUUGGAGAAUUCGACGCCGCGUGCGGAAGUUCCCCUGAUGGGCAUCGAAGCGGAGGUGGAGGUGAAGGACCACGUGGCCACCGCGGCCUGCACGCUGCGCUACGAGAACGAGGAGGACAAAGCCAUCGAAGCGGUUUUUGUCUUCCCUCUGCCCGCCGACGCCGCCGUCUGCCACUUCAGCGCCAAGAUGGGCCGAACCGAAGUUGUCGCCGAGGUGAAGGAGAAAACGCAGGCCCGGGAGGAGUACGACGACGCGCUGAGCUCCGGCCAGCGGGCCUUUCUGCUGGAGGAGAGCGAGCAGAGCCCGGAUAUCUUCUCUCUGAGCGUGGGCAGCCUCCCCCCGGGCGAGAGCGCCUCCAUCAGGCUGGAGUACGUCGUCGAGCUGGCCGUGGAAGCCGACGGCGGCCUGAGAUUUUGUCUGCCCGCGGUGCUCAACCCUCGCUACCGACCUCCAGGAAGUGAAGUCGCCGGCGUCCAGGUGACGUCCGUUCCCGCCUCCCUCGUGCCCUACAGUCUGUCCUUCUCCGCCCGGGUGUCGUCCCCCCGUCGGGUCUCCAAAGUGGACUCCGACUGUUCCCUGGAGCCCCUGCAGUACCUCAACGAGGAGCAAACCCAGGCGCUCGUGAAACUCUCUGCAGGACACAAGUUUGACAGGGACGUGGAGCUGCUGAUUUACUACGAGGACGCUCACCGGCCGACUGCCGUGGUGGAGGCGGGAAAGGCGUCCGCCGAGCCCGGCACGCUGAUGGGGGACGCGGUCGUCAUGCUGAGUCUGUACCCCGAGUUCCCCCCGGAAGUCACGUCUUCGCUCGCCACGAGCGGGGAGUUCGUCUUCCUGCUGGACCGGUCCGGAAGUAUGGAUUGUCCUCUCGGUGGACUUAAUCAGAGCGAGACCCGCAUCAGCAGCGCCAGGGACACUUUGCUGCUUCUUCUGAAAAGUUUGCCACUGGGCUGCUACUUCAACAUUUACAGUUUCGGGUCUUCCUUCGAGCACGUCUUCCCUAAAAGUAGGGAGUACACCGAGACGACGGUGGAAGCGGCUCUGAAGAAAGUCGAGGAAAUGCAGGCCAACCUGGGGGGGACGGAGAUCCUCGGACCCCUCAAGCACAUUUACGGGCGGCCUCGCGUUCCCGGUCAUCCGCGGCGAGUCUUUGUUUUCACCGACGGCGAAGUGACAAACACCAAAGAGGUCACGAGCUUGGUGAAGAAGCAUUCGGCUUCCCACAGGUGUUUCUCUUUCGGGAUCGGACAAGGCGCCAGCACGGCUCUCGUCGACGGUUUGGCGAAGGAGGGAGGAGGCCACGCGCAGUUCGUCGCCGGCGCCGACAGGAUGCAAACAAAGGUGAUGCAGUCGCUGCAGUUUGCCCUGCAGCCGGCGGCGGAGGACGUCUCGCUCUCGUGGGAUUUGCCCGAGGGGACGGCCGUGGCGCUUCUGUCGCCGCCGCUGGCGAAUAUUUUCCACGGUCAACGCGCCAUCGUUUACGCUCAACUCACUGGACAGAGUCCGGCGCAGCCCGCCGCCCGCGUGACUGUCAAGUACAUCCUGGCGGGCCGACCUUUGCAGAGCGAGCUCGGCUUCAGCGUGCAACCCGCGGAGGACCGAGGAUUAACAGUCCACAGGCUGGGCGCUCAAAGUCUGAUUCGCGAUCUGGAGCGCAAGGAGACGGCGAAGGAUGGAGAAGUGAAGAAAAAGGUGGUGGAAGUCAGCAUCCAAUCGGGAGUGAGCAGCUCCUUCACCGCCUUCGUUGCCAUCGACAAAGGCGGCGGCGGGGGCGCCGUUCGAGGCCCGCUGUUGCGCAGGCCAAUUCCGAUCGCCAGUCUUCAUUGUCCCACGGGAGUUCCAGUCAAAGGAAUGAAGACAAAAAUGAAGAAAGGAGGGAAAGGUCUGUUUAUGAACGCACUUGCAACGGCGAAAAUGCCCAUCUUCGGGUGUUCGUCCGUUCGGCCCACUGUGCGCAACGCUGAAAAGCCUUGUGAGUUCCGUCGGGCCACCCCCGGACCCCGUGCUGCAGUUGGUCUCCCUCCAAAAGGCGUCGGGCCACUGGGAGCAGAACCCGCCUCUGGCGGCCGCGCUGCACCGGACCGCCGAGCGGCUGGAGCGGGCCAAGCCGGCCGAGGUGAGCGGGAACGUUUGGGCCACCGUCCUGGCGCUGGUCUGGCUCCACGGGUUCAAGUCGGGCGCUCGAGUCGAGUGGAAGCUUCUGGCCGGGAAGGCCGUGUCGUGGCUGCUGUCCCGGAAUGUGUCGAAUAUGACGGAGUGCGUCAGUGCCGCAAACACUCUGCUGGGCUGCAACGUGCAAAAAGACGUCCUGGGCCUUUAAGGGGGCCCCAAACGCCGACGGGCCUUCCGCCGAUUGGCCCCCUUUUUGCCAUUCCUCCAUCUUUUCAUCAAGUGUGCCUUUUAUCGUUUUCCUGUAUAACGCAGUCAAAAUAUUUACAUUGAUGGUUUGGUUUCAUUUAAGGGUUCAAGUAUACAAUGGCAUAUAAAAAGGUACGCAGAGUAUAUUUUGUAUUUAUGGUCACGGUUCAAAUCAAGAAACAGGAACAAUAUUGUGUCGCAAAUGUUGAUUUGGAAUAGGACUCGCAACCGAUCUGUCACCAACAAAAGGGCAAAAAUAAAGAUUUCACCUGAGAUUUCA